AGUCGCUCUGGGGCAGGGAGGGUCGCGAGCGGAAGUGACGUAGUUCGUGCCCACGUGGUGCGGCGUGGUUCACGCAGGUCACUUCGGCUGGGCUUGGGAACUUAAUAAGUUUGUUUCCCCACGUAAGCCGGGCGUCGCACUCCGGUCCCGGUCUCGUCGCCAAGAUGGUGAAGCCCAAGUACAAAGGACGGAGCACCAUCAACCCGUCCAAGGCCAGCACAAACCCGGAUCGAGUGCAGGGAGCAGGAGGCCAAAACAUGAGGGACCGGGCCACCAUCCGGCGCCUGAAUAUGUAUAGGCAAAAGGAGCGCAGGAACAGUCGUGGUAAAAUAAUUAAACCCCUGCAAUAUCAAUCAACGGUGGCUUCUGGCACAGUGGCAAGAGUAGAGCCAAAUAUUAAAUGGUUUGGAAACACACGUGUGAUUAAGCAGUCAUCAUUACAAAAAUUUCAAGAGGAAAUGGAUACAGUUAUGAAGGAUCCAUACAAAGUUGUCAUGAAGCAAAGCAAGUUACCAAUGUCUCUUCUCCAUGAUCGAAUCCGGCCUCAUAACUUGAAGGUGCACAUUCUUGAUACUGAAAGUUUUGAAACUACAUUUGGCCCUAAGUCACAGAGGAAGCGACCAAACUUAUUUGCAAGUGAUAUGCAGUCUCUCAUCGAAAAUGCUGAAAUGUCCACUGAGAGCUAUGACCAGGGCAAGGAUCGUGAUUUGGUAACUGAAGACACUGGUGUGAGAAAUGAAGCUCAAGAGGAGAUCUAUAAAAAGGGACAGUCCAAAAGAAUAUGGGGUGAGCUCUACAAGGUGAUAGAUUCAUCAGAUGUUGUAGUUCAAGUUCUUGAUGCUAGAGAUCCAAUGGGUACUCGUUCCCCUCACAUUGAAACUUACCUGAAGAAGGAAAAACCUUGGAAACACCUCAUUUUUGUACUUAACAAAUGUGACCUUGUUCCAACCUGGGCAACAAAACGGUGGGUUGCUGUCCUCUCCCAGGAUUAUCCAACACUUGCUUUCCAUGCAAGCCUUACUAACCCAUUUGGCAAGGGAGCAUUCAUUCAGCUUCUGCGGCAGUUUGGAAAGUUGCACACUGACAAGAAACAGAUCAGUGUUGGGUUCAUUGGCUAUCCAAAUGUUGGCAAGAGCUCUGUGAUAAAUACGUUGCGUUCUAAGAAAGUUUGCAACGUGGCUCCCAUUGCAGGUGAAACAAAGGUCUGGCAGUAUAUUACUUUGAUGCGUCGGAUAUUCCUGAUUGACUGUCCAGGUGUGGUUUACCCCUCUGAGGACUCCGAGACAGACAUUGUGCUAAAAGGAGUUGUUCAAGUGGAAAAAAUUAAGAGUCCUGAAGACCACAUUGGUGCUGUACUUGAACGAGCAAAGCCAGAAUAUAUCAGCAAAACAUACAAGAUUGAUUCUUGGGAGAAUGCUGAGGACUUUCUUGAGAAGCUUGCUUUACGGACUGGGAAGUUACUAAAGGGUGGAGAGCCCGACUUGCAGACUGUGGGUAAGAUGGUCCUCAAUGACUGGCAGAGGGGCCGGAUUCCUUUCUUUGUCAAGCCACCCAAUGCAGAGCCACUUGUGGCCCCCCAGCUUCCACCCUCCUCAUCUUUGGAAGUUGUCCCAGAAGCAGCCCAGAACAAUCCAGGGGAGGAAGUCACAGAAACUGCAGGUGAAGGGUCAGAAUCCGUCAUUAAGGAAGAAACAGAAGAGAACAGUCACUGUGAUGCUAACACAGAGAUGCAGCAGAUUCUCACACGAGUUCGGCAGAACUUUGGUAAAAUCAACGUGGUGCCUCAGUUUUCUGGGGAUGACCUGGUUCCUGUGGAGGUGUCAGAUCUUGAGGAAGAGCUUGAGAGCUUUUCUGAUGAAGAGGAGGAGGAACAGGAGCAACAAAGAGGUGAUGCGGAAGAGUCUUCCUCGGAGCCUGAGGAGGCACAUGUGGGAAACGACACCAAAGCCGUUAUUAAAGCACUGGAUGAGAAGAUUGCCAAAUAUCAGAAGUUUCUAGACAAAGCCAAAGCCAAAAAGUUUUCAGCAGUCAGAAUAUCCAAGGGACUGAGUGAAAAGAUAUUUGCAAAACCUGAAGAACAAAGAAAAACACUGGAAGAUGUAGAUGACAGAGCACCUUCCAAAAAGGGAAAGAAGCGGAAGGCACAAAGGGAAGAGGAACAGGAACAUUCAAAUAAAGCUCCCAGGGCGCUUACAUCAAAAGAACGGAGGCGAGCAGUACGGCAGCAACGGCCGAAAAAAGUUGGUGUGCGCUACUAUGAGACACACAACGUGAAAAAUAGGAACAGGAACAAAAAGAAGACCAAUGACUCAGAGGGACAGAAACACAAGCACAAAAAAUUCAGACAAAAGCAGUAAUGUUUAAAAGGUUUUUAUUAAAUUAUACAAAAACAUGCA